AUGGAAAAGGGUAUUUUUACAGACCCAUUUAAAGUCACGGGACGACAUCAAAGGAGUUAUUUGGUAUCAAAACUUCGAAACGCGGACGGAUUGACAUGUAGCGGAUCUCUUUCCAGAACGCCAGCUACGGCAAGAAGAACGGAGGUGCCUGGUACCCUCCUGACGCGACUCCUCGUCCUGGUUGGAGCAAGCCCCCCGUACCGUCGAGGAAGCCGGUGCCGAGUCUUACUCAACUUGCGGACGACCCAGCCGUUCGAAGAUGUCGUUGAGGAUCUGGGGCAAGUUCUCAAGAUGAACGGCGCAAGGAGGAUGUUCACAGUGUCUGGUCAAGAGGUUCGGAGCUUCUCUCAGCUGAGAAACGAAUUCUCGGACGUGGACACGUUCUACCUCGGAACUACUGGAGUCCUCAUGUCUCCUGACCGAAGAAGGUCCAGAUCAAGAGGACCCGUCCUGGUGGAGCCGGUGGGUACUCCAGCUGUUCGCCGAAGAGCCAGGAGCAAGAGUCGUCCGAGGGCCCUUUACAUCGAACCGGAAGUCAUCCGUCCUGCCAAUGGCCCUUACCAGCAAGUCACUGCGUACCAGGACUACACCUUACUGGAGGUGCUCAAAGAGGAACCGAUAAGAUUGACCAUCAAAGGAGCUCGAAGAACGGUGUAUCCUCCGUUACACCACGCACCUCAGGACAACUCUCCUCCAGAGAAGAGGCUCGUUCUGGACUGGGUAUAUGGAUAUCGAGGAACUGACUCCCGAAGGAACUUGUGGGUCCUGCCGACAGGAGAGCUGCUCUACUACGUCGCUGCUAUCGCUGUCCUCUACGAUCGAGACGAAGAGGCCCAGCGUCACUACGUCGGCCACACGGAGGACAUACAAUGGUCAGUAUUUUAUUAAUUUCACUUACCUAUACCAGUCCUGUCGUAAAUAUUGUUACAAGGAAAUAUAUACAGAUUAUAUAAAUAUAUAAUCUCCGUGGCCAAUCUUCGAUUGCAUCACGCAGCACUUCUUGAGGAAAACGCUCAACUCGGACAAGAGAUUGUUUGA